AUGGAGAAAAAAAUCAAAAGAAUAUAUCUUGCUUCUGAACCAACUGUAAUUCAUUUUUUGCAAAUAUCCUGGGAAAGAACAUUAGGAUCUGGAUAUCACAUUACACUUACUGAUGGACAAUCAGUAUGGACUGGGACAGUUUCUGAUUCAGAGAUUUCUCAAGAAGCAGAUGACAUGGCAAUGGACAAAGAGAAAUACAUUGAUGAACUGAGGAAAGCAUUGGUAUUACGAGAAGAAUCGGCUGAUGCAUACAAGUUUAAUUUUUCUAAAGAGUCUGGUCAUUUCUCUUUUGAGAAAAACGUGAAAAAUGUUUCCUUCAGACUUGGUUCCUUCAACCUGGAGAAAGCUGCAAGUCCAGCUGAGGUCAUUAGAGAACUUAUUUGUGAUUGCCUGGACAAGAUCUCAGAAACCAAAGCUAAAAACCAGCAUCUGCAGAAGGAAAAUGAAAGACUUUUGAAAAGUUGGAAUGACAUUCAUAGAAGGUUCAGAAAAUAUGUGAGUGCUAAGGACGCCUUGGAAACUGAUCUUUAUAAUCGGUUUAUUCUGGUACUAAAUGAAAAGAAAGCCAAGAUCAGAAGCUUACAGAAACUAUUACGUGAUACUGAAGAGUCAGAAAAUAAUGCUGAACAUGACAGGGAACCUGCAACCUCUUCUCAAGUAGGUGCUGGCAGAGAUGCAAUCUAUGACAAAAGUACUGAUGAUGAAAGUGAAAGCAAGCCUGAUCCCUCUGAACUUUGUCCAGGCACUUUAAGAAAAGAUGACUCCAUUAUUUCAAGUCCUGAUGUCACUGAUAUUGCACCAAGUAGAAAAAGAAGGCAGCGGAUGCAGAAAAAUCUUGGAACAGAACCAAAAAUGGCCUCCCAGGAACAUCAGCUUCAAGAAGAAAACAACUCUAGAUUUGAUCCUUCGCUCCUUCAGACGUCAAAAAAGGAACACAUCUCAGAUGAAAAUAUGUCUUUAGAAACACUAAAAAACAGUAAUCCAGAAAACCUCUUUGAUGAGAUUUAA